CCCGCACCCCCGCCCUCCGGGGCCGCGGCUGAGGAGCGAGCCGAGCGCGCCGCGGGCGGAUGGAGGCGCCUCCCCGCCGCUCCUGAGCCGGUGCACCGAAGGGGCCGCGCUCUCCCCGCCAGCGCCGCAGCAUGGUUGACUAUAUUGUGGAGUAUGACUAUGAUGCUGUACAUGAUGAUGAAUUAACUAUCCGAGUUGGGGAAAUCAUCAGAAAUGUGAAAAAACUACAGGAAGAAGGAUGGCUAGAAGGAGAACUAAAUGGGAGAAGAGGGAUGUUCCCUGACAAUUUUGUUAAGGAAAUUAAACGAGAGACAGAACCCAAGGAUGAAAAUUUGCCCAUCAAACGGGAAAGACAUGGAAAUGUAGCGAGUCUUGUACAGCGAAUCAGCACUUAUGGACUUCCAGCUGGAGGAAUUCAGCCCCAUCCACAAACCAAACCUAUUAAGAAGAAGACAAGGAAGCGCCAGUGUAAAGUUCUUUUUGACUACCUUCCCCAAAAUGAGGACGAGCUACAGUUGACAGUGGGUGACAUCAUCGAUGUCAGCGAAGAGGUAGAAGAAGGCUGGUGGAGUGGAACCCUGAACAAUAAGUUGGGACUGUUCCCCUCAAACUUUGUGAAAGAAUUAGAGCUCACAGAUGAUGGUGAAGCUCACGACGGUCAGGAUGAAUCAGAAAUAGCUUUGACUGGCCCUACCUCACCUUUGCCGUCUCCGGGGAAUGGAAGUGAAACUGCUCCUGGAUCAGUCACACAGCCAAAGAAAAUUCGAGGAAUUGGAUUUGGAGAUAUUUUUAAAGAAGGCUCUGUGAAGCUCAAGACAAGAACAUCCAGUAGUGAAGCCGAAGAGAAAAAACCAGAAAAGCCACUGGGAUCUAGAUCCCAGAAUGUGGAGCUAACCAAGACAGACAUUGAUGGCAAGAUUAAAGCUAAGGAAUAUUGUAGAACAUUAUUUGCCUAUGAAGGAGCCAAUGAAGAUGAACUUAGUUUUAAAGAAGGGGAGAUAAUCCAUUUGAUAAGUAAGGAGACGGGAGAAGCAGGCUGGUGGAAGGGUGAACUUAACGGGAAAGAAGGAGUGUUUCCAGAUAACUUUGCUGUUCUGAUAAAUGAACUAGAUAAAGACUUUCCAAAACCAAAGAAGCCACCUCCUCCUGCAAAGGGUCCAGCUCCAAAGCCUGACUUGUUAGCUGCAGAGAAGAAAGUUUUUCCUCUAAAAGCUGAAGAAAAAGAUGAAAAAUCACUGCUGGAACAGAAACCUUCUAAACCAGCUGCUCCUCAAGUCCCACCCAAAAAGCCCACUCCACCUACCAAAGCCAAUAACUUAUUGAGGUCUCCUGGAACAGUGUACCCAAAGCGACCAGAAAAGCCAGUUCCUCCUCCACCUCCAGCAGCCAAAAUUAAUGGAGAAGUUUCUAUAAUUUCUUCAAAGAUUGAAACUGAGCCAGUAUCAAAACCAAAGCUAGAUCCGGAACAAUUGCCAGUUAGGCCAAAAUCAGUGGAUUUUGAUGCCUUUGUAGCCAGGAAUUCAAAAGAAACAGAUACUGUAAAUUUUGAUGACAUAGCUUCCUCAGAGAACUUGUUACAUCUCACUGCAAAUAGACCCAAGAUGCCUGGAAGAAGGUUGCCUGGCCGCUUCAACGGUGGACAUUCUCCAACUCAAAGCCCAGAAAAAACCUUGAAGCUACCAAAAGAAGAAGAUAGUGGCAACCUGAAACCGUCAGAAUUAAAAAAAGAUACAAGCUACUCCUCAAAGCCAUCUCUUUCAACACCUUCAAGUGCUUCUAAAGUAAAUACAGCUGCUUUUGUAACUCCAUUAGAACUCAAAGCUAAAGCAGAAGCAGAUGAUGGGAAAAAAAAUUCCCUGGAUGAACUCAGAGCCCAGAUUAUUGAAUUAUUGUGUAUUGUAGAUGCACUGAAAAAGGAUCAUGGGAAAGAACUGGAAAAGCUACGCAAAGAAUUAGAAGAAGAAAAGGCCAUGCGAAGUAAUCUAGAGGUGGAAAUAGCAAAGCUGAAGAAAGCUGUUAUGUCUUCUUGAGGUGGUGGACCUAGUGUUCUUAGCACUGGAGUUACAACACUAUGAACUUAACUGACUUGUUAAAGACAACAGAUGUGGUGUUGUGAGAAGAAAAAGAGGAUGUGAACUGUGACAUCUAUCAAAAAGUUGGGGGGUGACUUUUUUUAUAUAUAUUUUGUUUGCCAAUAUGAAAAAAUAAUGAGGCCUUAUUUCUUACUGUGCUGGGAUUGCAAACAUUUCUAUUGUUUGCCUGAACAUACUACUGAAUCUGUAUAAAAAGGAAAGAAGUUCACAAUAGUUUUUUUAUUCAAACGUAUUAUUUUUAAAGAGUUCUAUACUAUAAAUAUCGUAAUAUCUUUACAAAUAAGCUGUAAGAUAAACUAUUUGAGAUGGACGGGUUAGCUUUAUAGUAACUAGAGUCACUGCUUUCCAGUAAUACAUAGGGCAUGAACUUGUAUACGUACAUACACUACACCACAUAAACACACACACAUACAACACACACUAAAACACAACACACACAAUACACAUACAACAUACAUGUACAUUUACUUUUAGCUUCUUAUCCAGGAUUACACUGUUGUGCCUGUUUGUCUGCAGUGCUGUUUGUAUAUUGGGUGAUAAAAUAGGAGUUCCUAGUUACCAGGAUCCUCACCCAUGAAUUACUAAUCAUUAAUGAAAUAAUAAAAAUAAAUCAAACUUCUUGAGUGUUCUGUAAUGCUCACACUAUAGGAUUAUUAAAGGAAUUUAGUUAAGACAUACUGGACUAAGCUUGGGAAAAAUAGGAGCUUUGUUCUAAAUUCAUAAGGAAUCUAAAAAUGUCAUGCUAAUUCUUGUUUGUGCCUAGACACUGCAGCACAUGUGAAAUAUGUAAACAUCAGCCUUAAUGCUGUACUCUUAUGCUCAUUCUACACUCGUAAAUAUUAUCAUUUCAUUAUCUUGUAAACCCAGAUCUUUUCAAAAUUCAGAAUGAGGUUCCAUAUUUGGAAAACUAUUGUGUAAACACUCAGGUUUUACAGAUGUAAUUUAUCUAAUAGAACAAACUAACUCCAAAGAUAUUUUGGGCUGUUACUUAUGUAAAAUGUUAAAACAGUGAUAGUAUCUCACAAGUAGUAAUAUUAUAGGUUAUGUAAAUUCAGUACAGUUGCCCACAUUGAAUAUCAUUUCACAAUGGAUGCUUAGUCAUUUCUUCAGCUUCACAUUCAACAGUUGAACAUUUUAGAUAGGAUCAACCACAUUCAAGGUGGUAUGGCUACAGACCAGGUGAACAUUUAAGAAUUGUAUCUGUCAUGCAACAUGUCUAAAAACACAGGUUAAUUUUAAAAUGUGAAAUGUAUUGUAUUUGAUUUAAAAAAAAAAGUUAGGUUUUAAGCUUUACUCUGGUAAAUGAAUAUCAGAUUGUAAGUUGUCAUGCUUCUUAACAAAACCAAUUCUUUUCUUUACAUUUUAAUCUUAAAAUAGAAAAAUGUUUUUAAGUGUGAUUUCUUGUGCUGUUUCAAGUAAGAGAGAAUUGAAGCAGAAAAUAAUAGAAUUGCCAACACAAAAUUACACUUGAUUAACUUCUGGGUCAAGCUGAUUGUACAUUAAGUGUGCAUUUUAGCUUUUCUGUUUUGGUUUUUGACACAGGGUUUCCUAUAUCCCAGGCUGGAAUUGACAUUGUUAUGUAGCAAAAAUGGUUUUAAACUUCUGGUCCCCCACCCUCGGCCUCCUGAGUGUAAGGAUGAUAGGCAUGCCCACUUUGCCUGGCCGUUUUAACCAUUUCAAGUGUGAGCUCAUCUCAUGAGGGAUUGUUGGUGAUCACAAUUGUUCCAUUUUAUUUUUAUCUUACGUGAUUGAUUACUCAGGAGAAUUAUUUGCUUCUUGUUAAUGUAUCAGUUCUCAAUGAUGGUCCUCGGAUGAUGGUAAAGCACCCCACUCUAGAAAUCUUCUACCUUUCCCACUGGAAGAUUUGUGUCUACUCGCCCUGCUGGGAGGGAAAGUUCUCAAGUUCAAGCUAUGUUCUUUUCCCUUUGAAGGUUUUUUUUUUUUUAAUAAAAAAAGUAACAAAUAUUCAACAGUAGGUGAGUGACUAAUUAUGCUUUCUGGCCACAUACGUAGCCAAAAGAUGCUAAUUAAAAUAUAACAAAUAGGGAAAGAAUUCUAAUAGAAAAGCAUAUAACAGGAAAAUGAAUUUAUGGGAUAUAAACAUGAGUAAGAAAAGUAGAAGCACAACUCCUAAUUGUAUACUAAAUUUUCGUGUGCAGUAUGGUGCCUUUUUACUAUGUAUCAUUGAUCUGAUUGGCGAUCUUGGCCCCAGCAACACACAUUUUAAUAUUUGUAAGCUAUUAAAAGGUUUAUUUGAGCCACGUAUAGUGACAGUCUGCCUGUAACUUGCAGACUGAGGAAGGGAAAUCAUGAGUUUGAGGCCAGCCUGUGCUGCAUAGGGGACCCUGAGUACAAGAAAGGAAACAGUCUUCCUGGAGGUGGGGGUAUUUUCGCUAGUCCAUACAGCCAGAGUGGCAGUGAAGACUGCAGGCCAUGCCUUUUUCUUCUCGGUCAGAAUAGAGAAGUCAUACUGUCUUCUUUCCAUGUGCCUGUUUUUCUGCCCAUAACAAAAUAGUUCAGAAAAAAACAACAACACCAAAAAACAAAACAAGCAAGCUUGAACUUAAAGGGGAAAAAUGAUUCCUUUAAGAUAGUAAUUUGCCAGUAUUUGCCCUUGAUAUGGAACAUUUGCUAUUUCUAAAGUUAAUGUCACAAAAUGAUAUGUAAUAACUUAGAGUAAACCCCCGACACGUACGAGUAUAAAAGAUAGAAAUGAAUCUGUCAUUGCCAAAUUACUAGUGAAUGUAUAGUUCAGAUUUUCUGUUCUUUGAAGCAUAGUACUACUAAGAUUCUAAUGGAAUUCCAAUGUUAUUUUGAUGUGUUUAUGACUGCUAAGCUUACUUCUUAUAAAGCUGUUAACUAUACAACAUACAAGACUUCAUAGAAAAGACUGAAGAGACAAAAGAGAAUGGCUGGUCUUAACAGAGGACUUCUUACACUCCUUACUGUGAUCACAGACAAGAAAAAUGUUCCAAGUGCUCUGUAGAUUUUUCUGAUGAAUGUUUUAUGCUUGCAUUUAAACUUGAAAUGUAUGAGCAGAAUGAGACAAUCUUUACAAUCAGAACUGAGAAGUGUUACAAUUGAAUGGCCUUGUGCUGUAGCAAUAAAAUGACCAAGUGCAAUGACUUUAAUAAAAUCAUCUUUCAAAAGUU